AUGGGGGUCAAUACCCGCAGACCGAUGCUUCCCGCUCCCACAGAAUCCAUCAUCGAUACCCCGGGGGACAGCGCAACGGGCACAGAUCUGGCAACUGACAUUUCUCGCCGCACAGACAAAACGUCGUACUCUAUCCCAGACGACGGUAGCCCCAUCACUGUCUCCACUCGGCGACAGCGGGACCGCGACGAGAAAUUGUCUCGAUCUCAACACGACUCUCAUACCUCGUUACUCAUCGAGUAUUUUGAGGGCGGCAAAGGAUCGGGCGGCAUCGUCUCUCGUCCCAGCGUGCGAGUACGUGUUACGCCAUCGUCAGCUAGAAAGUCCAAACACAAAAAAGACCAUUUCCAAAUCACCGAAUCAAGCGGAAGCGGAAGCGGUAUUCGGAAACCGUCCUAUACCCACCGGAUAUCUCUGCCCUCGCCAUCAAAACGAAAGCAAUUAGACUCGGGCGCAACGGAUGACCAGAGCAUUGGUUCACUUUCAGCUGAGGAGGGUCAUCAUUCGCCACGUCGCGAGCCGGUAGAAAUUGAGUUCGUGAACCGCGGACAGGAUAGCGAAAUGUCUUCCCUCUCACAAGACACCCGAUACAUGGCAUCCGAGGUUUCAUCUAUGCCGCCGGAAAGCAUGAUCAACGCUUCGUCGGCGGGUCCCAGGCGGAAACGCAGCCAGAGUCUGGAGCGUGGCUCGCCCCGUGAAGACACGGGAUUGCUUAAGACUCCUCACCGACAAAGAAGUCGCAGUUUGAGUAAGGAGCGAAUUGCGCAUCGAGUAGCAGAAAAACUCACCGGAUCACCUCAAGAGGCUUCGAGCGGAAAACACAAAAGCCAGGGCGGCAAGGAUUACCUCGAAGCCGACACAAAAACAUCUCGUCGCCGAAAGCACAAGUAUGCGGAAGAGGAUAUCAUCAGUCCUGAAUCUAGUUUGCUCAGCACAUCUGGAGUCUCUUCAAACCGCAAAUCCGAUCAGUACUCAGUCCGCUCCGGUGCAUCCAAGUCAUCUAUCAACAACCCAAAAUUACUCGAGACGGUUGAGGAUGCCAUCAGGAGAUUAAUUCUACCAGAGCUAAAGGAGCUCAAGAAGGACCAAAAGGUCAUGACCAACAAGAACAAAUUUGAUCGGGACAUGGCUACAUCUUAUUCGUCCGGCACGAGCUCGAGAGAUGAGCUAGGCCGACGCCUCUCCAAGCACGCCAGUGCACCCGAUGUCAUGAAGCCCAAAGUUGUUCUGAACAAGGAUAGCAAAGAUGAGGGCAUUGUCCUUUCUCCCGAGUCGGCCCCACGUGACAAGGAGCGCAAAUCAAGUAAAAGCAGCGAAGUCUCCGACAUGGCAGUGAGAUGGGCCAAUCGACCUGACUACACCGAACAAGACAAGAUCCGCAGACAGAAGAGUAAGGGUCUCCGCGAUGCCCAUGCAGCUGCCCGAGUCGGUUCUGCACUCACAGCGGCUUCUUUGAAACACCACAACUCCAACUCUAGCCUCGGCAAAAAAGAGCACCGCCGAAAUAGUGGCUCCCGGAAAAGUGGCUCACGCAAGAGCACUGAGAGUAUGAAAUACAACGAAACGGAACUUGUUUUCCAGAAGCACAAUGUUGCGCCAAUGCCAAUGCACAGCGAGAUUGACUCCGAGUUGACCAGGAACUCGUUGCUCUCUGAGCGAACGGCUAGUCCCACUUACGAAAAGCAGGCCUCUUACUUCGACAUUCCUCGUGGAUCGCCGGGCCAGGGCAUGUCACCGGCUUCCCGCACUCCCACUAGGAACUCUGUUGACUCGCGUUAUGAACUCGGAAUGCGUCAUGGCAAUCGGUCGAAUCAUAACAUCUCGGUGCACAGUGCUUCGGAUCGUGACCUGCAUCGCCAGAGCCAAUCUCCUGGAACCGACAGUGGCAACUGGGAAAUUGCAGCUGCAGCCGCAGCUAAUCUCCUUGAUGCCAUUCACCCUGGACAUCAUGAAACGCAAGAUGACUAUCACCAUGAAACCACUGGUCGUGGACUGAGCCCCAUUCAGAGUAUUGCGAGUGAUCAUACUGAGACUCACCACGAUCAUUAUGCGGGUCACGGCGAGCAACACGUCGACGGCAAACAUGACAUUGAGCCUCGACUCUCCAUUGACUCUCUGUCAUCUGCCCCCAGUACAAACCUCGCGAGAUCCACUCGCCAGGGCACCAGCUCACAUAGCCAGAGUGGAUUUUUCAAGCAGCACAGCCAAGACUCGCCGGGGCUCGGGUAUGAGCACUCGCGCCAGGGCUCCCAGGACAAUGGCUUCUAUGGUUACGACGAGGAGAGCAGGCGCUCCGUUGAUGAUGGAGAUAGCGAUGUUGACUUCAUGGACAAAGUCAAAGAAGGUCAUCCUGUAGCAACCGGCGUUGCUGCUAACCCCCAAUUUAUCCACCCACUAGCCGUUGAAUCCGCAGUCGCGUCCUUGAUGGAUCCCUCUGUUCUUGAGUCUCAGGUCUCAUCUGCGAACCGCUCGCAAACAGAUCUGGGUCAACGAUCAGGUAGCCGAAGCCCUGAAAAGUCGGGAAGUGAAGUCUACCGCGGAAGCCCCUUGAAACAACGCCAGGAUGCUUCCACUGCCGAUGAGACCUCAUUCCCUCGACGUAUGGGUGCCACAUCCCCCCCUCAGAGCGUUACCCAGUCCUUUGAGGACAUGGACGAGUCUGCUAUGAUGCCUGACAAGGCCCCGCGUGGAAUGGAGAGUCCUCUUCCGGAUGCUGAAAGCCAAGAAUCGGAGUCUGAGAUAAACACCAAUCCGUCCAUUAUACAGGGCCCCAUUGGUGGCGUUGCCCAGGCAGAUCGCUGGGGAUAUCAUUCCGGGUCUCCACCAGUGGAUCACUAUUACGAUAAACAGAUUGGUGGGUCCAAGGGUCUGAAUGCCGAGCAGCAAAUCGGACUUGAUGCAGAAUACUACCAGACUGCCCAAAAUAUCUUUGGUGGUGAUGACUAUUCUGCUCACUCUGGCGACAACCAACCCCAGCAAAUGUUUGGUACCCCUCCUGGGGCCAAGGAUGAAGGCUAUGUUUCGGCCGCAAACCCCAUGUCUCCCAGUAUCGGAACCCCAAAGCAAGCUAGUCAAGGUCUGGGGGGCGUAGAUGCCGCUGGAAUGGGUAGCUUCGAUAGUCCUGCUGGGGCAGACGAUCCUUUUGUCGCUGGUCAUGAACGCCACUUCAGUGGUUACUCUCACGGUGUUGGCUCACCACUCUACGACAGUGCUACCGGCCGGGGUAUCGAGAGAAUUCAGUCCCAGGAUAUUGUGGCUCUUAUGGAUCAUUUGACAGUUCGGGAUGCCCAGCGGAAUGCUAGAGAUACCGAGAUCCUGGUUACUUUGGUUCGAAGUGCUGCUGAGAUGCGCACCUCCUUUGAGCAGAUGAAGAAAUUCAUCGCUGACCAAGAUGAUCUCAUCAUGGACACUAGCGACAGAGGACAUGAGCGCACUCACAGAGCGCUUGGUGGUCCUCGGCCAUUGCCCCCCAGCGCUUCUCGGAAUCGGCAGCUAAACACAGCUGAUGAGGAAGACAAGCGAAAGAGCAUCUUCAAGCGUGCACUGAAGGGAUUGAGUCUCAAGUCGGGUAAUGACUUGACCAAAAUUGAAGGCAUGCUCGAGCAGCUGCUUGGCGAAGUUGAGGCCCUGCGAUCUGGACAAGAUGGCUUUAGUGGCACCAGAAUGGGAAGCAUGGAGCCAAGUGGGUAUGAGAAUGUCGGUCCAAACGGAAUGCCUGCUGAGACGAGCCGGUCUCCCUACGGGUCCAGUUCUUCUCACCCGGUGAAUGCACAGCGCAGAGAUUCGGAUCAGCGAGUCAGCACCGUCCACGAAGUUGACGAAGACCUUGAGCUUGAUGAUAGUGACCAAUUCAUGACCUCGCAUCUCCCUGUCCGUGAGCGGCCUGGUCACGAGCGCUCAGGCUCAUUGCCGCUUGAUACGCCUCCACGCAGGCCGGUGGCCACAUCAGCUCGCAGCACCGAAACAACCCCCAAGGCCCGCAAGCACAAAUCCAGCAGUUCUUCCAUUUUCCCAAAGAUCUCCCGCUGGUCCAAGUCCACGGCCACCUCUAUGGGCGACGGCAUUCGCAACAGCAUCCAGCCUUCUCGCAAAGAACGUCCGACCUCGGACGAGUCUCGGUCUGGAUCUGAUCUCGCACCUCUUGGUGCCUACAAAACCGACUAUUAUGAUCCUCAAGGAGAUGACAGAAUCCGGUCCACCUAUACUUUGGACGACGGGCACGAUGAGAACAGACCCCCUUCUCCAUUAGUUCCUUCCCAGGUGUCAGAGGUGCCCAAGUACCGUGGCCACCGUGGUAGCCUCGAGUUGCAGCAUCCCCAGCCUCGACAAGGCCCAACCGGACGUUACCAGUCCCGCCUCGAAACCGAGGCUCAGGUCUACGGAGGCCCUAUCUCUCCCACUGGCUCAGAACAAUGGGAGUCCAACCCCAGCCUGCCCGUGGUCAACCCUCUUCAAAACCGCAACAGUGGUGUGAGCGGUACCACGCGUCUGUCCCCAAUCUCCGACGCAGGCUACUCGGAGACCAGCUCCCGCGCAAACCGUACACCGGGCCCACCCCGUCCCCCCAAAAUCAAGGACGCGGGCCCUCUCAUUCCUGAGCGUCCUCCGAAAGUUGCGGAUGACGAAGAACCUGCUUACAGCGGCGACCGUGCCGUUUCCAGAAGCUCUGCCAUCCGCUCUCCCCCUACACGUAAGCCAACUGGCCCGCGUCCCCUCGCCUCUGCCGGCUCCUACAGCCCAGGCAACGCCAAGCGAACCCGCUACCGAGGCAGUCCCGCGCAAGUCGACUAUGAAGAUGAGCAGUAUUGA